GGCUAGACUUUAUACAACACAAGAAAAACAAUACCAAAAAGCCAAACAAAGCCUUAAGAGUAUAGAACAUGUGAGUGGUUGAUAGCUUUAGCCAAUUACCAGUAUCCGUCAAGAAAGAAAACUGUCUUUCUGCACAAAUUCACACAACUUGUUUUGUCUCUCUCAAUUCUUCAAUUUCACAAAACACAAAAACCUUUCAAUUUAGGGUUUUCGAUGCUCUGUUAAACUCAAUCGAUUCUGUUACAUAAUCACGCAGCGUAAUCAAGGUGAUAGUGUUGAUGAUGAGUUUAGAAAUGGAUUAAAUUGGAGUCCAUUUUCCGAGUAAUUUUCCGCGAAGUUUGAAAGUUAAAAGCUUUAUGGCUAGGAAAGGUAGUCAGCAGAAGAAUGGGAUUAACCACAAAAAAGGUGUUUCUGGGGGUGUUCUUCCGGGUAUGAAAGGUCAUGAAGGAGGGCAAGUGAAGGUUUUUCCGGCGGAGGGACUUGCUGGCGACCGUGAUCGUGAGCUUUCACAGAAAGCGUGUGAGUCUAGUUCUGCUGUUGAUGACAAUACCAAUGAGCGAAAAUCCGAGAAGUCUUCACGGAAAGUUAAGCAAGGGAUGAAUGCAAAGCAUGGCCUGGAGGAAUCACAAUCGUUUGGGAGUAAUUCAGAGAAUGGCAGUGAGAAUGGCGAAAUUCCAGUACAAGAAGGAAAUUGGAGUUUGCCUAGAAGUAAUCAAGCUCAACAGAGUAUCAAGAGUAGAUUGUGCCAUUUAGUGGAAGGUUUACAGUUGAGAAGUAUGGUAGAAAAUAUGGAACUUGCUGAUCAUGCAGCUAUUAGGAGAUUAAGGUUGUCAGUAUUUUCCAUUUUCACCGCAGUUAUGGAGUGGUCAGCCCGGCAGAAGCCGUUGUUUGUAUCGUUUAGAACCACUGUUUUAGAAGGUUAUGCUAGUUUGAGAACAAAAUUUAAACAGGCAUAUCCCAUUGUUCUGACGUGGCUCAUGCACUUUGGAAACAUAAUCCUUCUAUUAUCGCUGUUUUGGUUGGACUGUGCCGUUCGGGGUAUUGAUUCGUUUGUACGGAUGGGUACAACAUCCUUCUUCUCUGUUAUAUGGUGCAGCAUAUUCUCCGUGAUUAGUAUGAUUGGGAUGUUCAAGUUUCUGGUUGUCCUGGGACUGGCUACCUUGAUUGCGUAUUUUGUCGGGUUCGUGCUUGCAAUUUUGGUAGUUGCUAUCAUCGGAGUUGUUAUGCUGUGGUUUUAUGGUAGCUUCUGGACAACAGCAUUUUUCAUCAUCCUUGGAGGAUUGGCAUUUAUGUUACGGCAUGAACGUGUGGCACUUCUUAUCACCACCAUCUAUUCUGUCUAUUGUGCUUGGCUGUACGUUGGGUGGUUUCGUUUGUUCAUGGCUUUUAAUUUAGCUUUCAUCUCAAGUGAUGUUCUGGUAUACUUCCUCAAGAAAAACAUAGAUCAACAGAGUAGAUCGAAUCCAUUUGAGCAAAGAGCUGGAAUGAACGGUCAACCAGGAUUUAGAAAUGAUGAAUCAAUGCCUGCUUCAUCCUCUGAAAAUGGACCAUCUACAGAUCGAAAUGCUGGAGUCCCUUCAACUAGUGGGGCUGAUUCUGAUGUAACUUCUGAAGAUGAAGUUGUUCGAUUGUUGAACUGCUCUGAUCACUAUUCAGCACUGGGCUUCCUACGCUAUCAAAGUAUAGAUGUUUCAAUUCUGAAGCGUGAAUAUAGAAAGAAGGCAAUGUUGGUACAUCCAGAUAAAAAUAUGGGUAAUGAAAAGGCCGUAGAAGCCUUUAAGAAACUUCAAAAUGCAUAUGAGAUUCUAAUGGAUUCUUUGAAGAGAAAAGCUUAUGAUGAUGAGCUAAGGAGAGAAGAGAUUCUUAAUGUGUUCAAUAGAUUUCAUAAUGCUCCACGUAGGAAUAGUAGACAUGGGUUCUUUUCUUCCGGAUUUGCCCAUUCAGACGCAGAUGGUGAGGACCCCUUUGGAGAAUCAAGGCGAAUAGCUUGCAAAAGGUGUGGUGGCUUUCAUCUCUGGAUACACACUAAGAAGCAAAAGUCUCGAGCAAGAUGGUGCCAGGAUUGUCAAGAUUUUCACCAAGCCAAGGACGGUGAUGGAUGGGUUGAACAAUCUUCCCAACCAUUUCUUUUUGGCUUAUUGCAGAAGGUUGACGCUCCUUCUGCUUACGUGUGUGCGGAUAGCAAAAUAUUUGAUGCCACUGAAUGGUACAUCUGUCAGGGUAUGAGAUGUCCAGCAAAUACUCAUAAGCCAAGUUUUCACGUGAACACCAGCAUAAUGACGAAACAAAAUUCUACCAAAGGAGCAAGCUCUUCAACACCAAGGGGCGGGCGUAUGCCAACACCUCCUAAUAUGCCAACACCUAAUUUUGAAGAAACCAUGACUGAGGAAGAAUUCGUCGAGUGGUUACAAAAUGCGGUACAGUCAGGCGCGUUUGACAAUAUGAGCGGCGGCACUGCAACAGAGAGCCCCUCUGCCAAAUCUGGAAAUGGGAUGAAAAAUCCAUCUCCUGGCAACGGCGUCGGUAGCGGCAGCAAAAAAAAGAAGAAAGGAAAAAAGCAAUGGUGAUAAAAAAAGCAGAUUACUUUUAAACAUACUGGUAAUAUUGCCUGGGGCACUUUGAAGAUGCCCCAGAAAUAGAGGUUGAAGGUCUCUGUAUAGCCCUAUUUUCCUAAUCACAAGUAUAAUUUUUGUUGUCCAAAAUUUUCAUUUUUUCAUCUCUUUUAGCCUGCAAAAUACAGCCUUGUGGCAAUGAUCCUGCUGAUUUUUCUAGUCAAUAUACAAUCUUUAGCAGAUGGGUUUUCUUAACA